CGCGGAUCGACAAAACAAAAGGCCGAUGUCUUUCUGCCCUUUUCAUAUAUAUUUCUAGUUGUCUCUUUUUCCUGGGCCAGAUAUGAACUUCCCCCACUUUUACUGCUGACGCACCUUGAGACGAUUUUCCUUUUUACCCCCCAUUCCAUGCAACCCCGUCAGCGCAAACCUCGGAGAGCUGGUGCUCUGAAAGACCUCCCGCCGCUGAUCAUCGUUAAGAAGAUCUUGCUUUUACAGGUCGCGUUUUAUGUUUGCGCUACAAUCUUAAUACUCUUUGCGGCUCUUGUGGCCGGGACUGCAUUUUCACCCGAUCUCAUCCUAAGUUGGCGGACGCUAAGAGGAGAUACGACGAUAGGAUGGACGUUGAGCUUUGUUUGGUUGCUAAAUAGCUUCUUCGGCGUCAUCUUCAUUCUUCUCCUAGUUUCGCGCUCAAAACUCGUUCCCGACUUCGCACUUACCAUACAUUUCAUUCACCUCGUCAUCACAUCUUUCUAUACCCACGAGAUUCCUUCCAACCUCUUAUGGUGGGGAUUACAAGGCGCAAGUUCGGCGCUUAUGACAUUCGUUGGCAUGUGGGCAUGCCAAUACCGGGAGCUUCGGCCGAUCGCUUUCGGCGGCGUUUCGUCCAAUCGAAGAGCAACCGCUCGGACCACUCCAGAUGCACAUGCAGACAACGAAGACCCAGAAGCCGCAGGCUUCUCUCGAGGGCGAAGCCGGGGUCAUGAUCGGGACGGAGGUGGAGAAUACGAGAUGGUUUCGGUGAAGGAGCCUCCAGAAGAACCCGUAUAGGGAUUUUCUUUAUUAUCCUGGAUCAAACAUUCAUCUUUUCGCUCACUAAGUUAUAUACCCUCCAUUUGUACUUGUGGGAGUUGGGGAGUUUGGAAGACGCUGUACUUCUCUGCGUGCUUGUGGGCAUGUAUUCCUUAAGGCCUACCUAGUUCGUAAUGACCGCUGGGAGCUGGAUCCCUCCUUUAUUCUUCUUCUUCUUCUUCACAUGAAUCCGUGGCUCCGGAUGCGCCUGAUAUUUCUUAUUUAUUUAUUUUAGUUCCUUUUUUUUUUCUUUUUUUCUUUUUUUGUUUUUGGGGCCUCUAUUGUCCGUUUAUUUUUACAGCGUGUUGUAUAUACAUGUGCCUCCGUAAUUCGCCACGCUGGCGGUAAUCCGCCGUUCCAA